AAAGUAUAUCUUGUGGUUGCCGUUGUGAAUGUUGGACUGCUGGAUAUGUGGAGAAAACAAAUUGUAGAGAAAUGAAUAUUAUCACCAGAAUAUGAAGACCAUAAAAUAUGCUUCAGUUCUGUCAUGGACUCUUGUGGAGAAAAGAAUCUAUGAAAUUAUGUGAAUAGAAAACAUUUUUCAAAACAAUGGGGGAAAGAGAAAAAAGUCCAGAUACUGAUGAAGAAGGAAAUUCAGGCAAACAUUAUUAUGAAUCAUCUGAUUUUAGAACUACACCACAAUCUUCUGGCCAGUCUUCACCCACAGGUAUUAAGGGAAAACAUCAUAAAGGAUGGAUUUCAGAUAGCCAAGUACAUCACCAAGCCCCAAGGAAACCAAGCCCUAAGGGUCUACCAAACAGAAGGAGAAUCCAAGUGGGAUAUCGUUCCCAGAGCCUCAAUAGGGAGCCACCUCGGAAAGAUACUGAUCUUGUUACAAAACGGGUUCUUUCUGCAAGACAGCUAAAAAUCAAUGAGUUGCACAAUGAAGUCACUGAACUCCAGGUCAAGUUAGUUGAGCUGCUGAAAGAAAAUAAGGCUUUGAAAAGACUUCAGUACAGACAGGAGAAAGCCUUGAAUAAGUUUGAAGAUACAGAAAAUGAAAUUUCACAACUCAUUGCUCGACAUAACAAUGAGAUUACAGCACUCAAAGAACGCUUAAGAAAAUCUCAAGAGAAAGAACGGGCAACUGAGAAAAGGGUGAAAGAUACAGAAGGUGAACUAUUUAGGACAAAAUUUUCCUUACAGAAACUGAAAAAGAUCUCUGAAGCUAGACACCUACCUGAACGAGAUGAUUUAGCAAAGAAACUAGUCUCAGCAGAGUUAAAAUUAGAUGACACUGAGAGAAGAAUUAAGGAGCUAUAGAAAAACCUUGAACUGAGUACAAACAGUUUCCAACGACAGUUACUUGCUGAGAGGAAAAGGGCAUGUGAGGCUUAUGAUGAAAAUAAAGUCCUUCAAAAGGAGUUACAACAAUUAUAUCACAAAUUAAAGGAAAAGGAGAGAGAACUUGAUAUAAAAAACAUAUAUUCUAAUCAUCAGCCGAAGUCUUCAAAAAAAGAAAAAGACCUUACACCAAAAAAAAAUGCUGCAUGCCAGAGUGAUUUUACAGACCAGUGUACGAAAGGAGUGCAAACCAGUGAAGACUUUGAGCUGGGAGGAUUUCCUAUAAUGCCACAAACUGCUAUGUGUUAUGAAAACAAACAAGAAGAAACUGAACAACUUACUUUGGAUCUGAAAUCCCAAGAGAGAGAUGAGUAUGAAGAAGCAGAAAUUCUAAACCCAAUUGUGGAAAGAGAAGAAAAAUUCGUGAAAGAUCAAGGACUCCAUGUUGUAAAACAGGAGAUUAAGAAUUUGAAGAAUGAAUGGGAAAGAGAAGACCUUGAUAAAAAGCAAGAAGAAAACAUACUUUUACUGGAGAGAGAAGAAAAGCCAGAGUUGGAAACUGGAAGAUACCAAAUGGAAAUGUACCAAACUCAAAAUAUUGAUAAAUUGGAAGAAGAGGAAGAAGACAGACUGAAGAGAGAAAUGCUACUUGCUAAACUGAAUGAGAUCAAUAGAGAACUCCAGGAUUCUCGGAACCUCAAAUGCCCUCCUCUCCCAUUGCUGCCUGAUUUGGAAUCAAAACUGGGCUCCCCAGAGAAAAGCCCCAAAACAUACAUGCUCUCUGAAUCCUCAGAGAGAUUAUUUAAUGGGCAUCAAUUGCACGACAUUGGUUUUUUAACUACAAAAGAAGGUCGAAAUCAAAGAGAUAUUAGAAGCCCAGCCUCUCCAAGUGAGUUUGCAUUUGGUAGCUAUGUGCCUUCAUUUGCAAAAACAACAGGGAAGUCAAAUCCUGUUAGCCAAAAAAGUGGCCUUUUGGAUUUCCAAAGAAAUAGUAUGGAAAAACUUAGUAAAGACAAUGGAGAUUUAAUUACAAGAAAAGAGAAAAAAGCUAAUCUGAUGCAACAGCUAUUUGGUGCCAGUGGCAGCAGCACCGUUUCCUCUAAAAGCAGUGACCCAAAUUCUCUCACUGCCAGCAAAGGAGACUUUGACCCUCUAAAUUUUCUCCCUGGGGAUAAAAGCAGCAGGGGCAGAGAACAAGAUGAAGAUGAUGACUUUUUCCUCAGCGAAGGAAGAAAUUUUAAUCCAAAUAGACAUCGAUUAAAACCUGUAAACAGUAGACCAGCAGUAAAAGCAGUUGAUCCUGUGGAGGAUGAAAUUGAAGAAGUAGCACUGAGAUGA